AUGUCAACCAUGGCACUCAAAUGUCUACUCGAUGAAGAUUUAGUACAUGUCCAUUUAAUUGAUAUUAUUGCUGACCAAUCCCAUUCGGAGCAACAACUAGCACUAAAAACAAAAUUUCAAAAUCAAACUCUCGGAUUUUUUAAAUGGCACAACAACAAAGAAGCCUUUCUCAAAACCAACUCAUUCUCGAAUAAUAUUUACUUGCCCAUUGAAUUCUCGAAUGAUGAACAAGUGUUGACACAUUUCGUUAAUCGAAAUUCUUACAACAAUUAUUAUCAUAACCCGUUGGAUAUUGAAUUUUGUCACAAGUCCUUCGUAUUGAAUCUCAUGAAAAAGAUGCCCAUCUAUCGUUUGUUUUUGGGACAUGAUCUUUUAUGCUAUUGCCCUCCAUCGAUUCGAUACGAUCAACAAGUUAUUUUACAAGCGGUACAGUCUUGUAGAGGCUUUAUCGAUGGAUUCCUUCGAGAGAUAUUGAUCGAAUGGUUCUUGCAGCAGCAGCACCACAGCAGUGAGAGUUUACUCGACCAUGAUCACGAAUUCAUUGCACAAUUAUUGUGCUCCAAGGCUGGUGCUGAUAUUUUGCUCUUGAUACCAAAGCAUCAUCCCUUUUUAAAUCAUAAGGACAUGAUGUUACGAGUGAUUCGAAAACAUCCAUCCUCAUUGGAAUUUGCUUCUGAAGCCUUAAAGAAUGAUCGACAAGUCGUGUUGGAAGCAGUAAGGCUUGAUGGAGAAAAUUUACGCCAUGCCUCCGAGUCGCUACGAAACGAUCCUUCCAUUGUGUUGAAUGCAGUGAUUUAUGGAGGACCUCAUUCCCUUUCCUAUGCCUCUUCUCAAUUAUUGUCGAAUUGGGAAUUUAUUGCCAGUGUGUUGGAACAAGAUGGAAUGGCAUUGGAAUUUGUUAGAAACGUUGAAUCCAUGUUCCAUCAUCAUGAUCCAAUUCUGGUUUUGAAGGCUGUACAAGAGAAUGGAAAUGCCUUGCAAUUCGCUUCUGAGCAUUUGAGAAGUGAUCGAGCAAUGGUGUUAGCAGCAGUGCAGGAAGAUGGACAUGCUCUCGAAUUUUGUAACCAUGACGAGUUGAAACGAGAUCCACAGGUGAUAUUGGCAGCGUUUCAAACCAGUGGAAAUUCCAUUUUCAAAUAUACUGGUUGGGAUGAAUGGGAGAUUCAACAAUUCCUCUCACAACAAGUUUCCUCUCAGAGUUGCAAUGAACCUUCUCCAAUGUUGUUUUUGAAUCCAUCCAUAUAUAAUCAUCCACAAAAUAAUACAUUGGAAUCCAAGGAAGAAGAUGCAAAAAAUAAUAAGGACAUUGUCUUGCGAGCCAUGCGAAGAGAUUUCACUGCACUCCGAUAUGCCUCUCACUCCAUUCGAAGCGAUCGUUCAUUCAUUUCUGAACUCGUUCAACAGAAUGGAUACUUGUUGGAAUUUGCUUCAGAGGAGUUACGUAAUGAUCCACACGUGGUACAACUCGCCAUGCAACAAAAUCCAUUCGCACUCAAACAUGCCAGUUUGGAAUUGAGAUCGAAUAAGGAAUUCCUGAGUCUAGUGUUACCGAAUUAUUCGAAAAAACCCAAUCUCUUACAAUAUGUGAAUGAAGAUUUGAAAAGAGAUUCAUCAUUUGUGAUGCAUGUCCUUCUUACCAUGGAUCCCAAUUUGUAUGUGAAUUUUUUACCUGAACAACGAAAAAGUAAGGAAUUUUUAUGGCAAGUCCUUGAAAAGUUAUCCACCCUCGAUACAGUUUCAGCUCCUUUAGAAUUGAGACAUGAUAUUGAAAGGUUGGACAUUUCGGAUGAGGAAAUGAAAGAAUUCUUAUUGAAUGCAGUGGCUCUGAAUGCUUCCUUUGUCACUUGUAUAAUUCCUUCCAAAUUUUUAAACGACCAAGAAUUUCACUGGCAGUUACGAAUGUGUAAUCCAGUGGUCACACAUUGGUUACGUCCUCUUGCGAUGGACGAAGAGCGAGCAAAACGCGCCUUGAAACAAUAUGGCGGUGCAUGCCUCCACGUGAUUCAUUUACAAUCGGUGAGAGGAGAUCGACAAGUCGUGCAGAAUGCUGUUCAAUCGUGUGGAUAUGCAUUACUAUUCGCAAGUGUUGAAUUACAACAAGAUGAAGAGUUGAAAGACUUGGCAUUAUGUAAACAUGGUUUUACAUUGGAGUGGAAAGAACAAUUAUUAGAACGACGAUUGCAAUAUGAAUAUCAUGGACUCGUUCUGACACAACCCAAACUGUGGAAGGACCGUUUUCAACCAUUGCAUGUUGUUGAAUGA